AUGGGAGGCGCCAUGCAGGUCUCCAUCGUGCUCCUCCUGGUCACCGUGUCCGACUGUGCCGUGAUCACCGGGGCCUGUGAGCGGGAUGUGCAGUGUGGGGCAGGCACCUGCUGUGCUGCCAGCCUGUGGCUGCGUGGCCUGCGGAUGUGCACCCCACUGGGGCGCCAAGGAGAGGAGUGCCACCCCGGCAGCCACAAGAGGCCCUUCUUCGGGAAACGCCAGCACCACACCUGCCCCUGCUCGCCCAAGCUGCUGUGCUCCAGGUUCCUGGAUGGCAGGUACCGCUGCUCCACGGACCUGAAGAGCAUCACCUUCUAG